AUGGAUCGUCUAGAUAUGCAAGCUUCAUGCCGACAAGACUGGAUUCUCCUUGCUGAAAAGCAACAAGCCAUCCUAGGAGAGUACUGCAUUGCCUGCACGCAGUGGUGCUCACCACAAAAAGGAGGCUUGAAAUCACAUAUCCGUCGUUCCCAUGCAGACAUGUGGCAGCAUCAUGACGCGGUCACAAAGAAGCUGAAGGCGCACUCCAGGCUCAAGUACAAAGGUCCGUGCCGAGCUUGUUCCUUCAAACCUCAAGGGCCGAUGGCGGAACCGUCCAAGGAAGUGACGGAGUUCUUCGGCCACCACCUGCCUUCUUUGGCAGCCCAGCACAGGGCGACGGGCUCCGACGAUCGCCAGCCCAAGUGGCCACGUCCAUCCAACAAGGGCAAAGGCCCGGAUCAGAGCAGGACGAAGCGGGAGAGGGAUUGGUGGGUGGAGUCGCGGGAUUGGAAGGAGCCGCUGACUCAGCAGAUCGACGGCAACACCGUCCGCAAUGUGCUGGCGAUAGUCACCAAACUCUCCUUGCGGCAGGAAGACGACAUCGCGGCGAUGAGGGCGGACUCGUCUUUCCUCAUGUACAUGACCACCACAGGGACAUCCUCCAUGGCGACGACUCUCUUUGCAAUCAGUCAGGAAUGGAAGGAGCUCAAAGCACAGACCCCUCCGAAGGUUACCCUGUCCUUGAGGGUGACUCUUCUCGUGGCGUUGCUGAAGGAGUUCCAAGCGCGACUUGCACAGGCGACCGAGGGCGAGACCAAGGAGAGGCUACAGGCGAAAGGCCACCUCACGAAGCAGGACCCGCCCUGCUGGACCUUCUCAAGGUGGGAUGCGGAGCAGCAGAAGUCCAUCAUCGACUCGGCCCAGAUCCCACUCGCACACUCCCUGGUCGUACAGAAUGUGGAAAGGCUUAUCCACCUGGUGGAGCAGGACGCCCUGAUCCACAAGUUCCACGCCACGCGCCCGCUGGCCCAGCAGUAUCAAUCCGACAUCCUGACGUUCCUGUUGGCGGUUGGGAACCGCGGCGAGGCAGCGGAUCAACUCUACUCGACACUGCUGGGACUGUGCAACAACAAUUGCACGCAUCUGAUCGGCGUUCGUCUCUGCCGCGAACGGGUGAGGAGGCAGCCGCUGGCAAAGGUUCUGCAGGCGCAGGCCGAUGCCCUGCUCAAAGCCACGCAGCCCCAGUACCCGAGCGCGCCGGCAACGAAGACGCAGGACGCAGAAGCCGACAUGGAUCUGUAG